CAUCUCAUCCUCCCAUCGCGUCGCGUCCCGUCCCAGGGGGAGGCACUAGAAAUAAUCGGAGACCUCCCCCGCACGCACGCACGCACGCGAGCAGCACCAGCACCAGCACCGCUGUGAGAUCGGGUCGGUGGAUCGGAGGAGGAGGAGAGCAGGAGGUGGGUUGGAUCGGAGGAAUGCGGGUGCGUGCGGCCAUGGGGGCGCUCUCGCGGCCGGAGGAGGUGUUGGCGCUGGUGAAGCUGCGGGUGGCGGCGGGGCAGAUCAAGCGCCAGAUCCCGCCGGAGGAGCACUGGGCCUUCGCGUACUCCAUGCUCCAGAAGGUCUCCCGCAGCUUCGCCCUCGUCAUCCAGCAGCUCGGCCCCGAACUCCGCAAUGCGGUGUGCAUCUUCUACCUCGUGCUCCGCGCCCUCGACACCGUUGGUUAGCAAUCGCCUAUCAUUGGCUACUGAGGAUGACACUAGCAUCCCAGCUGAGGUGAAGGUGCCCAUACUCCAGGAAUUCAACCAUCACAUCUACAACCGCGACUGGCGCUAUUCGUGUGGAACAAAUCACUACAAAGUGCUGAUGGAUAAGUUUCACCACGUAUCCACUGCUUUCCUGGAGCUUGGUCAAGGUUAUCAAAAGGCAAUUGAAGAAGUCACUAGGCGAAUGGGAGCGGGAAUGGCGAAAUUUAUAUGCAAGGAGGUUGAAACUGUUGGUGACUAUGAUGAAUAUUGUCACUAUGUAGCAGGACUAGUCGGCUAUGGACUUUCCAGGCUCUUUCAUGCUGCUGGGACGGAAGAUCUGGCUCCAGAUUCACUGUCAAAUUCAAUGGGUUUAUUUCUGCAGAAAACUAAUAUAAUUAGGGAUUACUUGGAGGACAUAAAUGAGAUACCGAAGUCUCGUAUGUUCUGGCCUCGAGAGAUAUGGAGUAAAUAUGCUGAUAAACUUGAGGAUUUUAAAUAUGAGGAAAAUUCAGAAAAGGCAGUACAGUGCUUGAACGAUAUGGUGACUAAUGCUCUGAUUCAUGCUGAAGACUGCCUUCAGUACAUGUCAGCUUUGAAGGAUAAUGCCAUUUUCCGUUUUUGCGCAAUACCCCAGAUAAUGGCGAUUGGAACCUGUGCUCUUUGCUACAAUAACGUGAAUGUCUUCAGAGGAGUUGUGAAGAUGAGACGUGGGCUCACUGCACGAGUAAUUGAUGAAACAAACUCAAUGUCAGACGUCUAUACUGCUUUCUAUGAGUUCUCUUCAUUGCUAGAGUCAAAGAUUGACUACAGUGAUCCAAAUGCUGCGUUAACAAGGGAACGUGUGGAUUCAAUAAAGCAAACUUGCAAGUUACCCGGUUUGCUGAAGAGAAGGGGGUAUGAUUUGGACAGGUCAAAGUACAACCCUAUGCUGAUCAUGGUUGUUCUGCUGUUGGUGGCUAUUGUUCUUGGAGUACUGUAUGCCAAGUGAUGCCCUUUAGAUGCCUGUCCUAAUUGGAGACUGGGGAGCCUCUACGCCAAUCCGGUAUGGCAAGUGGUUUCAACUAUUUGGCCUUUCUACCUUUUAAUAGGAGGUCCCCGAUUGCCUUGUUCUAAUGUUUUUUAAGCCUCUACUCUAAGAUACUAGUUGUAGUAUUUGAAUGCAUAUAUAGGCACACCAUACUCUACGCACACCUCCACUCAACUCACGCCUCCUAUGCGCACACUAGACCUACAAACUAUACUCGUGCACACACCUAUUGAAGAGCUUCGCGAAGCCUCGGACCUCGCAAACGACAGGCAUGCCGACCUACUGUGCGAGGCUUUCAAGUUUAUUUUUUGGGGGAAGCCCUGGUGAGACACCCUAGGAUCCCGGUGGGUGGAGUGGCCACCGCGGCCUCCAACCACUGAGCCACUGGCUCGUUCUCUAUUCUUACUCUGUUGAAUGUUCU